AUUUUUCUCAAAUGGGCUUAGUAGGGUUUUCAAAAAAGGCACCAUAUAAAAACCUUGUUUCGUGGUUUCUCCUCAAUUGCUGAAGAUCGAGAUCAGGCGGCGGAACCCUUCUCGACUUGCAACACCCGAACGCUGUUGUCACCAUGACUUUUAAGAGAAGAAACGGCGGACGUAACAAGCAUGGUCGUGGCCAUGUUAAGUUUAUUCGCUGCUCCAAUUGCGGUAAAUGCUGUCCGAAGGAUAAGGCUAUCAAGAGAUUUCUUGUGAGGAACAUAGUUGAACAAGCUGCGGUUAGAGAUGUUCAAGAAGCAUGUGCUUUUGAACAAUACACUCUUCCAAAACUGUACGUGAAGAUGCAGUACUGUGUUUCUUGUGCAAUUCACUCGAAGGUUGUUAGAGUUCGCUCAAGGGUUGACAGGAGGAACCGUGAACCUCCGAAGAGAUUCUCUCGUCCAAGAGAUGAUCUUCCCAAACCUGGUCAAGCACCACGCCCAGGUGGUGCUGCUGGCCCAGCUCCUGUGCGUACUUGAAGAUGAAGAAGAUGAAGAUGCUUAUGAUUCUCUAUGAAUGAUUAUUAGCCUUGAAGUUAAUUUUGGGUAUGUUUUUGUUAUGGCUUCUUCAUUUAGCUUUCUUUAGCCUAGCAUUGGGUCUGGUGCAUGUUGUCAAUGUUGUUGCAUGACACAAGUAUUUUGGAAAUCUUUAAUUUUAUAAGAUAAUUUUGUUUGUUAGUAUAGGCAAGAUCAUUGGAGUACAAGAUUUGUAUGUUUGAACUUUGAAUUCACAAUUUCAAAUCAAGCUUUUGCUCAAACAACUAUAAAUAUACUUGAAUAGUUGAUUAUAAAAACUC